UAUUUCAUUGUUGUGUAAACUAUGCGACAGGAUAUAUAUCUAUACACAAGACUCACAUCCUUGCAAAAAAAAAUACUGAUUUUCUCUUGAUAUCAGCGGAAAUGCAAUUUAUUUAUUUCACAUUCAACUACUUAGGUAUUUCGAACUUCAUCUGAAAUAUGUACACGCUUCGAGAUAUACAAUUAUUAAUUUAGCACAUCUACUUGAUCCACUGGCCGGCUAACGUUUACUAGCUAACGUUAGCUAGCAAAUCCCAAGGCAAAGGUUUCGAAUAGUGCAGCAAGUUUAGCUAGCUGGCUAGUCCCAAUUUGUAAGUCUACAGACGGUGUCUUGCACUGCUAUCUUGCCAUAGCUGUGUUUCUGUGGUUUUGAAGGCGUUAUGAGUUAUGGAGGUUAUGGGGGCAGAGGCGGCCGACGAGGUGGCCGAAGAGGAGGUCGAGGAUUCGGGCGGGAUGGGAGCCGGGAGAGGUGGGACCGCCUAGCUGGGUCGAGUGGUGGUGGACACCCGCGGAGCACCGAAACGGAGUCGAGGGAGGACCGGGGAGAACGAGGAGGGAGAGGUGGGGGACCAAACCGUCCACCCCCGCAUCUAAAGGGACGGGAGAUCGGACUGUGGUACGCCAAAUGGGGAGGCUUGAAGAGGAAAGAAAAUGAGAGAAAAUCGCGGGCAGUGGUUCAGAUGGAUGAGUCCAGGGAACAGCAUAUCACUAAUCUGCUGAACACUGUCCAGAGAGGACCGACAUGCCCAGCUAGGGAGGCCCACCCCUCCACAUCUGAGCACUGGCGUUCAACCCCGUCAGCACCGGACAGAGGCGGCCACUGUUACUUUGAUGGUGAUGAGCCCUCUCAGGAUGUCCUGAAAAUUGAUCUCAAACAAGAGAAGAAGAAGGAGGAUGAGGAGAGGCCAGUACAGAACACUCCACUCACAUCACAACGUUACUUCCCACAGGAUGUCCUUCAAGCUGAACCCCAAGAAGAGAGGGAGGAGAAGGAGAGGAGAGGGAAGGAUAAAGACCUGGAGUACUUGUUUCAGGAGGUGGUCAGGGAGAAUGCCCUGGACCAGCAGUUAAAGAGAGAUCUAGAGAGGAAGAAGGCAGACUCUAAAUACCUAGACAUGCUGAAAUUCAGGGAAAAGCUUCCAUCCUUUGGAAAAAAAGAGGAGUUGGUGGAGUUGAUCAGGUCCAGCCAGGUGCUGGUGGUCAGUGGAGAGACGGGGUGUGGUAAGACCACCCAGGUGACCCAGUUUAUCCUGGAUGACUACAUAGAGAGGGGCAUGGGUUCAGUCUGCCGGGUGGUCUGCACCCAGCCACGUCGCAUCAGUGCCAUAUCUGUAGCGGAGCGGGUGGCUGCGGAGAGGGCUGAGAGUGUAGGGGACGGGAACUCAUGUGGUUAUCAGAUCCGCCUGCAGAGUCGGUUACCACGGAAACAGGGCUCAGUGCUGUAUUGUACAACGGGUAUUAUUCUACAGUGGCUUCGCUCUUCCCCUCUGUUGUCCACCAUCAGCCACCUGGUUUUGGAUGAAAUUCAUGAGAGGAACCUUCACUCUGAUGUUCUACUCAUCAUUGUUAAAGACCUGCUCCGAGUCCGACAGGACCUCAAGGUCAUCCUCAUGAGUGCCACGCUCAACGCUGAGAAGUUCUCCAAAUACUUUAAUAACUGUCCUAUGAUCCACAUCCCGGGGAUGACCUUCCCAGUGCAAGAGUUCCUACUGGAGGAUGUGUUGGAGAUGAUUAGGUACCGUCCCCAGAAGAAGGAGCAGAGGCCCAGGUGGAAGAGAGGUUUCAUGCAGGGUCAGAACUCCAGACCAGAGAAGGACCAGAAAGAGGCAGAGUACAAGGAGAGCUGGCCCUGCUACGCCCGCACACUACGAGACAAGUACUCUGACAGAACCAUAGAUGUGUUGGAGAUGAUGGACGAUGAUGAUAAGAUUGACCUUGAGCUCAUCGUGCAGCUGAUCAGACAUAUCGUGCUAAGCCAGGAAGAAGGAGCCAUCUUGGUGUUCCUGCCAGGUUGGGACAACAUCAGUGGCCUCAAUGACCUCCUCAUGGCUCAGCAGAUGUUCAAAUCAGAUCGGUUUGUGAUCAUUCCUCUGCACUCCCUGAUGCCUACUGUCACCCAGACCUCGGUGUUCAAAAGGCCCCCUCCAGGAGUCAGGAAAAUUGUCAUUGCCACCAAUAUCGCUGAGACCAGUAUUACCAUAGAUGAUGUGGUGUUUGUGAUAGAUGGGGGAAAGAUUAAGGAGACUCACUUUGACACUCAGAACAACAUCAGCACUAUGACUGCAGAGUGGGUCAGCCUGGCCAAUGCCAAACAGAGAAGAGGACGCGCUGGCAGGGUGUGUCCAGGGAAAUGUUAUCACCUGUAUAAUGGCCUGAGGGCCAGUCUUCUGGAUGCCUACCAGCUACCUGAGAUCAUGCGCACACCACUGGAGGAACUGUGUCUGCAGAUCAAGAUCCUCAAGCUGGGUCCAAUAGCAGAGUUCCUGAGGAAAGCUCUGGACCCUCCCACAGAGGAGGCUGUCACUCUGGCCAUCACACACCUGAUGGACCUCAAUGCUCUGGACCGCUCAGAGGCUCUGACCCCGUUAGGAUUCCACCUGGCCAGGCUGCCUGUAGAGCCUCACAUCGGGAAGCUGAUCCUGUUUGGAGCUCUGCUGGGCUGUCUGGACCCUGUCCUCACUAUCGCUGCCUCUCUCAGCUUCAAGGACCCCUUCUUCAUACCAAUGGUGAUCAUACACGUGAUCGUAGGCGCACACACUCACAUACAUUUUAGGUACUCACAUCUCUCUCUCUCUCAGGGUAAGGAGAAGAUGGCAGACUUUAGGAGAAGAACUCUGUCCAGAGACUCAAAGAGUGACCACCUCACCAUCAUCUAUGCCUUCACAGGCUGGGAGGAAGCUAAGCGACGCGGCUACAAGUUUGAACGAGAGUUCUGCUGGGACAACUUCCUGUCAGCCAAUACACUCCAGAUGCUGCACAACAUGAAGGGUCAGUUUGCCGAGCACCUGCUGGGGGCUGGCUUCACCAGCAGCAAGAACCCAAAAGACCCUGAAUCUAACACUAACUCAGAUAAUGAGAAGCUGAUCAAGGCAGUGAUAGUGGCAGGUCUCUACCCCAAAGUGGCCAUGAUCAAACCCAGCGGAAGCAAGAAGAGACCGGUGAGGGUGUAUACUAAAACUGAUGGGAAGGUGUGUAUUCACCCCAAGUCAGUGAAUGCUGAGGAGACCCAGUUUAACUACACAUGGCUCAUCUAUCACCUCAAGAUGAGGACCAGCAGUAUCUUCCUUUACGACUGUACGGAGGUGUCUCCAUUCUCCCUGCUGUUCUUUGGAGGUGACGUCACCAUACAGAUGGAUCAGGACCAGGAGACCAUCGCCGUGGACGACUGGAUCGUCUUCCAGUCCCCCGCACGCAUCGCUCACCUCGUCAAGAAUCUGAAGAAGGAGCUGGACUCUCUAUUGGAAGAGAAGAUCCGAAGCCCCGCCCCUGUGGACUGGAGCAACCGCCAAUCCAAAGACUGUGCCGUCAUCACAGCCAUCAUAGACCUCAUCACCACCCAGGAGAGGCCCAACGUUAACGCGAGGAACACUGAGCCUAGAGGACGCGGCCAGUAUCACAACAACGAUGAUGGUGACGAGUACGAGAACUGCUGCAUCUCUUCUCAACCCAGAGAAAAGCUCAGGCCAUAGAGAUGGAAAGAGGUCUCCACUUUGUAUCUGUGCCAUAAUGGCGCUGCCCAUGCUAUCUCCGUUUGAAUUAAGUGUCAAGCUAAUGUUGGUGAUUUACCUCCACUUGCAGAGCUGGAGUCUUAAACUAUAUAUUGUGUUAUUUUGGCGAUGAAGCUUAACGCCAUUUACCAACUAGGCAAACCAAUUUGAAGACCAUGGUCUGGUCAUUGGCUGAUCAUUCCCAUAGGAAUCCCCCACCCAGUUGACUACUUUUAAAUGGUGGAAGCCCCUCAAUGUCCAUGCUAAAUUGUUUCCAAGUAGAGAUCUCUAUACAUCUCAAUGUCUUAGGCACAUUUUCUAUUGGAUAUGAGUCCAGUCAGGAUGGUAUGUGAAGAAAGAGUCCCCGAACACCAACUAUUUGAAUUUAAUUCUAUAAUAAGCCUACUGGAAAAGGCUGAGCAUGUAUUUUUGCAUUUGUUAAAAACAAUUAUGUGAAACUAAGUUGUAUGGAAUGCUGUUUUGUUGAUAUUGCUUGACAUUCUCAUGUUGUCAAAUGGCCCAUUUGGCUGAUGAAUGGUUAACUUGCCAUUGUUUUUCUUUUCAGUUCUUGUUCAAAUAUUUGAAUCUUCUCCCUGAAGCUGAAUCAAUAAAGCUGCCCUUAUUGCAGUGUGAAGUGGGAGAGA